CCAGCCCGUUAUUUCAAGGUUAUCUCCUGCAGGAGCCUGACUUUCCGGAGCCUAUGGGGAUUCUGAUAGCCGCAGUUUUUCUCUGGGCAGCCGUCGGAGUGGGAAGCCGGCCAGUAACCUCUCCCCUUAAUGAUGCAAAGGUUGAAUGUAUUAUUCAGGAGACGCUGAAUGAAGACGGGUCACAACAUGAGUGUGGCCCACAGCUGGCAGAGGAACUCGAUGAAGUGCAGAGACAUCAGGGUCUGCUCAGGGAGCUGCAGAAGUUGGCUGAUGAUGAAAGAGAAGGGGAGCAUGAGGACGACACAGAGAAGGAGCGCUAUGAGUACAACUUAGCUGACGACGAGAGCGACUUCGAGCAGAGGGAUGAGGAGGAGAAGGAGGAGAGAGACGUGACCAACCUUGUGAAAAAGACAGAGGAAAAGACGGAAGACAAGACAGAGGAAGAUGACACCAAAGAGAAGAUGGAGAAGCCACGACUCGAAGACAAAGGAAGCAAGGACGAAGAGGAGAGAGCCAAGGAGCUUGAGGAGCUGCUGGCCGAAGAGAUCACCAAGAAAGGGAAGGAGGAGAGGAAUGACGAAGAGCUCAAAGAACUGCUGAAAGAGUUGAAAAAGAAGCGAUAUGAGGUGGUGAAGGAGAGGAAGAUCCAGAAAGGCUCUGGAACAGAGCAGGAGGAGGUGGAGGAUAAGCAGGAAAAGGAGAGCAAAGGGAAUAAAGGAGAAACAGUGGAGGACUUGGAGAAGCAGAGGAUCGAGGAGAGGAGGAAGAACGAGGUGGAACUGAUGGUGGAGAAAGAGAAGGUGGAGAAGGAGCUAAAGGAGCUUCUCAAAGAGCAGGACAGCAAGAACAAGCCACAGCAGGAGAGGCGGAGGAAGGAGAAGCAGGAGGAGCUGGAUGAACUUGUGAGGAAGAUGAAGCGGGUGCAGGAGGAGGAGGAGGAGCAGGAGACGCAGGAAGAGACCAAAGAGGACAAGGUGGAUGAAAUGCAGGAGAUGGAGAAGAGCGAAAAGAAGGAGGGAGAAGCAGAAAAGGAGCCUGAUGAGAAAGCAGAGAAUGAAGUCAAGAAGAGGGAGGAGGCGACGGUGGAGGUGAAGGAUCCACAGCAGAAGAGAGUGAUGGAGAAAGUGAGUGAUGAGGCCACACGGCAGUUUGAGCGGGAAAGGUACAAGGAUGAGGAGGAGGAGGAGGAGGAGGAAAAUGGGGAUGAUGAGGAAGAUGAGGAAGAGUACGUCAGAGAGGAUGAAGAGGGGCAGGAGGAGGACGACAAUGAUGAGGGUGAUGCCGAAGAAGACGAAGGGGAGGAGCUGCUGGAGAUUGAGGCAGAGUUGCGCAAAGUCGCUGCAGAGCUUAGGGAACUCCGCAGAGGAUAAGACACACGCUCACACACAAACACACACACACACACACACACACACACACACACACACACACACACACACACACACACACAUACACAUGCACCAGACUGGCAAAACCCUUUGGUGUAUUCACGGUCACACAUUCAGCUCACACAUUUUCCAUUUAACAGCCUUCAGAUCCGUUCAGCACUCAGAGACAUGUCUUCAGACGUGAAUCUGUAAAUGGACAGUAGUAGAAACUGUACAUACUGUUUCAUUUCUGCUUUGAGAUCGCCUGGAAAAAGCUGUCUCUGUUUCCCCCAGUACUCAUCUGAACGUUUCUGAGCACUGAGGAAAAAGAGAUACCAUUUUCUGGAGCAUCUGAAAGCUCGUUGUGUCCAUCACUCGUGUCCCUGUCUCUGUACCUGUAAAAUACUGUUUGUAAGGUAGACAGGUGAUUUUACUUCAGUUGCAAACCGCCAUGGAUGCAGAGCAUUCAGCACUUUCACUCAAAUGUUAAUUCUGACCGCUGAUUGCCAACCACACAAACACCCAUCAUCUUUGAAAUCUGAGUCAUGAAGACUGGCAGUCAGUGCUUCUUUGUCUGAAGGUGUCAUCUUUGAUGGUGUGUUCUCAGUGGGAAAAACAGAUUCCCUACUAUAAGUAAUAUGUGUAUUUCAAUAUAUAUUUUGUGCAAUAAUUGAUAACUAUGUGUAAGCUGUUCCUGCUGUUCUGACUGUUAACUAUAUAUAUAUAUAUAUAUAUGUAUUACUGAUAUUUCUACACAGGAGUAAGUCAUUUUAUUUCCUCCUCAUUUCCUUGAUGAUAAAGUAGAAACAAGGAUUGUGUUUUAUUUGGCUCACGCACUGUUAAAACCAGACUGUUUGUGACGAACCGGGGUGACACGAACAAAACACAGAGGAAACCGACUGUAAUUCUGCGCGUCAGCACAUAAGUCAGAUGUUAAGUUUGUCUUGCGCGUGGUGUUGCGGUGGUGGUGUGGCGACAGGACGUGAUGUGCUUAGAGCUUACAAGGUCUAAAAGUGUCACUUCAGGUUCUCAGCCAGCUUUGCACUCUUAUCUUAUCAAGCCAAGGAGGAGUGGAGGGAUGAGGGAGACACUAAAGCCAUUUUGUUGUCUUUUGGUAACAGCAACACUGACAAUAACACUGAUAAACGCUCAGUAGUGUUACUUCACAGUUUUCAUGGCUGUCCUGUCAUUUGUGUAAAUAUGAGAUAAUGUGGUCUGUAAGCCAAGGUCAUAGGAAAUAUGAAGUAACAGCGCCCCCAAGAGGACACUGGGUAGAAAUGCACAUGGUGCAGGAUGAACAGGGUUACCGCUGGAGGCCCACUUACUGCAAUAACACAAUGUAGACUACAGCACAUAUGAAUGCAAUAACUACUCAAAAAAAUCAUAAUUUCAUGUAUUUUAAUAUGUAAUCAAAG